AUGUCGUUCACAGUGCUUUCGGAUGAACAGGUGAGGUCAGUGCUCGAAGAUCUCACACUCGACGAAUUGGACGAGUUCCGCCAGGUGCUUUCAUCAGCGCUUCACCAAUUCUCCAAAAACCCAAGAGCCGUACCUGUAGAACCCUACCAGCAACCCCAAUAUGCGACGACCAUUCAUCCAGAUUCCAAGGCGACGACCUUGUACAUACCAUGCGCUGGUCCGGAGGGGAUAGCUUGCAAAGUUAUAUCUCGCACAACCCCAGAUAUCAUCAAGGAUGAAUCAGUAAAGCGCAUCGCUCCUACAGGAGUAGUCAACCUCUUCUCUCCCGAUGGCCAACCUGUAGGGCUGGUCCAGGCCAGCACUCUCACGGCCUUCCGCACGGCGCUCGGCUCCGCAUGUCUUCUGUCUCGCCGCAACCACGUCAAGACGCUCACCGUCUUCGGGAGUGGCUCGCAGGCGUAUUGGCACAUCCGUCUUGCGCUCAAGAUGCGCGGGUCCUCGAUCAAGCAUGUCAACAUCAUCAAUCAUCGUUUCUCCGACAGUGCUGCCAGCAUUCUAAGGCAUCUUAUGGGAGUACCCAGCAACGUUCGUAGCAGGGAGGGAUGGGCAAACACCCAAUUUGCCAUGCUGACGCCCUCUUUCCACGAUUUCGAGAGGCUGCAGGCAGAAAACAUCCUUAAUGCGGAUGUGAUCUACUGCUGCACACCAUCCACCGUUGAAUUGUUUGACGGAGAGAUACUAACCACCCAUGAGGGGCGGAAGAAGGGCAGGUUGAUUGUUGCGGUGGGGAGUGUCAAGCCAAAUAUGAGAGAACUUCCCGAGACUAUUCUUCGGCAAGCUACCAAGAACCACGACAAACCCCAUCGGCACUUCCACAAGCACGCCGAUGAAGGGGGGGUUAUUGUCGUAGACACCAUUGACGGUGUCCUAAAAGAAGCCGGUGAGAUUAUCAGCGCCAGCAUCGGGCCUACUCAACUCGUGGAACUUGGCGAACUUGUCAUGCUGCACCACUUGGCAAAUGAAGACUCUGAAAGCAGUACAAUUUCCAGCGGCGCAUCAACAACCGCGUCUGAGCGGACAUCGCUAAGCAUCGAUGGGCGGGCAAUGUCCACAGUGUACGGUGAUGAGCCGCGGCCCAAGAGUCCGGCAACAUCCGUCUCAUCUGACGGCCAGAAGAAGAAAUUCAAUAUCCCCUUUCGCAAGAACUCGAACAACUCGUCGGACCAAGGUGAAAAGAAGAAAGAGGAUGCUCUCGUCAGGUGGCUGCGAGACGGAACGGUGAUCUACAAAUCCGUCGGUAUUGGUCUGAUGGACUUGUCCGUGGGUUUUCACCUACUCAAGGUUGCGAGUGACAAGAACCUGGGCACGCAAAUCCCCAAGUUCACAUAG